AUGUCUGAAAAGAAGGGUACUUCAGAAGAGCUAGAGGAUCUCACUAGUCAAUUUAGGAAAGAAUCUAGAUCACGGUUACUGGAGAAAUCUGGAGUUAUUAAAGAAACAUCAAACUCUCUAAAGGAAGCUUCUGAUGGGACCACUUCCAACCAAAUUUGUAAAGCGUGUCCUAGAAAAAAUACAUUAGGUAUAUGUGAUGAUAUAUCAACAUCCUCCUCUGGAAGUAAGUCUAAGAGAAAUGAAGAACAAAGGAAAACUCUUCAAUUUUCUGAAACAAUCGCUACAUAUGACAGCUUGCAGUCAAAAAGUGAAAUUUCACAAAGUUCAUCAUUAUCAGUAACUAAGAUGAGUGCUGAAUAUCAGGCUUUCGUUGACUCCCUAACUCAUGAAACAUUAGAAAAAAUUAGUCCACACUCUGAAGAAAAUCAGAAAGGACUUGGCUUAGGAUCAGAUAACUUUACAGUUAACCUCAAAGCCAAGGGUUUACAAGAAUUUCCUAAGGACAUUUUAAAAAUCAAGUAUGUAAAAUAUCUCUAUUUAGAUGAGAAUGAAAUCAAUUUUAAAGGGGCAGACUCCAGUGAUCUGCUAGGACUUGAAAUUCUAUCCAUGCAAGAAAAUGGGUUAUCAUCACUUCCAUCUGAAAUUCAGUUACUUCAUAAUUUAAAGCUAUUAAAUGUCAGUCACAACCAAAUAUCACAUAUCCCUAAAGAAAUAUCACAGCUUGGGACUAUCAGGCAACUGUUUUUAAAUAAUAAUUGCAUUGAGGAUUUUCCUUCUGGCUUGGAAAGUCUUGGAAACUUGGAAAUUUUAAAUUUGGCUAAAAAUAAGUUAAGACAUAUACCAGAUACUCUGUCUAGUUUGAAAAACUUGAGGGCUCUCAAUCUGGAAUAUAAUCAGUUAACAGUAUUUCCUAAAGCACUGUGCUUCCUUCCAAAGUUAAUUUUACUAAACCUUUCUGGAAACCUGAUAAACAGUUUACCAAAAGAAAUUAAGGAACUUAAAAAUUUAGAAAUACUUUUACUUGAUCACAAUAAACUUACCUUUUUGGCUGUGGAAAUUUUUCAGUUGCUCAAAAUGAAAGAACUCCAACUGACAGACAAUAAAUUGGAAGUUAUUUCACACAAAAUUGAGAAUUUUAGGGAACUUAGGAUUCUAAUACUUGAUAAAAAUUUAUUGAAAGACAUACCAGAGAAAAUUUCCCACUGCAUAAUGUUGGAAUGCCUUAUUCUUAGUGAUAAUAAGUGAACAGAACUUCCUAAGAACAUCCAUAAGCUUAAAAAUUUAAGAAAGCUCCAUAUAAACAGAAAUAAUAUAGUGAAAAUACCUGAAUAUAUUUCACAUCUUAAUAAUAUGUUCAGCCUAGAAUUUUCAGGAAAUUUAAUCACAGACUUUCCUAUUGAAAUAAAAAACUGCAGAAAAAUAACUAAAGUUGAAUUGAGUUAUAAUAGAAUAAUGUAUUUUCCACUAGGUUUGUGUGCUUUAGAUUCUCUUUAUUAUUUGGGUUUUAAUGGAAAUUAUAUUUCAGAAAUACCUGUAUAUAUAUCUUUCAGUAAACAACUGCUUCAUUUAGAACUUAAUGAAAACAAACUCCUAAUAUUUUCUGAGCACUUAUGUUCUCUUAUUAAUCUUGAAUACCUUGAUCUUGGUAAAAACAAAAUAAGGAAAAUUCAACCAUCUAUUUCCAAUAUGGUAUCGCUCAGUGUUCUUUUAUGCUGUAAUAAGUUGGAAACUUUCCCCAUAGAAGUGUGUACUUUAGAAAAUUUGCAAGUACUUGAUCUUUCAGAAAACCAAAUACAGACUAUUCCUUCAGAGAUCUGUAACUUAAAAGGAAUCCUGAAAUUAAACAUCUCAAACAAUCAAUUUAUAUAUUUUCCUAUGGAACUUUGCCAACUUCAAUCACUGGAAGUGCUGAAUAUAAGCCAGAUAAAUGGGAGAAAGUUAACAAGACUUCCGGAAGAGCUGUCUAAUAUGACUCAACUUAAAGGACUUGAUAUCUCAAAUAAUGCAGUCAGAGAGCUGCCAAGAAAUAUAGGGGAGCUGAGAGGUUUGGUUAGUUUAAAUGCAUACAACAAUCAAAUAAGAUACCUGCCACCAUCUUUUCUAUCUUUAAAUGCUCUCCAGCAACUAAACUUGAGUGGAAAUAAUCUGACAGCUCUGCCUACUGGUAUCUACAAGCUUUUUUCACUGAAGGAGAUAAAUUUUGAUGAUAACCCUUUGCUGAGACCUCCAAUGGAAAUCUGUAAAGGAAAACAAUUGUAUACUAUUGCAUGCUAUCUACAGAGGGCAGAUGAGAGAGAUGAGAAAAUCUUAGCAAAGAUCUUCAAGAUAGUUGCCAACAAUAUUACUGAAACAAAAUUUCAAUUUUUGUGUCAAAAACUAAACCUGGCAAUCACAGAAACUGAUAAGUCUACAAUGAGCACUGUUUCAUUAAGUGAGAGAGUCCACCGAACACUUGAUAAGUGGAAAACGGAAAAUAACAACUUAUCAGUAACCACUGCUGCUCUAAGAGACCAACUAACUCGGGCACUAACUAUGAUAGGAGCAUAUGAAAUUAUGGACAAAAUAACAGCUUUAAAACUUUUUACAUGUGCAAUUAAAUUCUGA